AUGCACUUGGCAGAGACAAAGACGGAAUUGGUGGUUGACACAGCAGCAUCUUACCAUGCUACACCGGUAAGGGAUCUUUUCUGCAAGUAUAAAGCAGGUGAUUUUGUCACUGUGAAAAUGGGUAACUCAAGUUAUUCAAAGAUUGUGGGGAUCAGAGACAUUAGUAUCAAGACUAAUGUUAGAUGCACAUUGGUUCUAAAAGAUGUGCGUCAUGUACCCAAUUUGCGGUUGAACUUGAUCUCCAAAAUUGCUUUGGAUCGAGAUGGAUACGAGAACUAUUUUGCAAAUCAAAAAUGGAAACUCACCAAGGGAGCAUUGCUGAUCGCAAAAGGAGUUGCUUGUGUUCGAGAAGAGAUCUCUGCAGAUUUGUGGCACAAAAGAAGGGGUCAUAUGAGCGAGAAAGGAUUAGAAAUCCUCGCUAAGAAAUCACUCAUCUCUUUUUCAAAAGGUACGACGGCAAAAUCAUGUGACCACUGCUUAUUCGAGAUAGAAUCGAUGGGCAGUAACAAAUAUUUUGUUACUUUUAUUGAUGAUGCUUCACGAAAAUUGUGGGUUUAUAUCUUGAAAACCAAAGAUCAGGUAUUUCAAGUAUUCCAAAAGUAUCAUGCUCUGGUGGAAAGGGAGAUGGGUCGAAAGCUAAAGCGUCUCCGCACUGACAAUGGAGCAUGCUCAAAAUGGCUAAACUGCCUAAGUCAUUUCGGGGGUGAAGCAAUUCAGGCGGCCUGCUACCUGAUCAAUCGUAGUCCAUUAGUUCCAUUGGAGUUUGACAUCCCAGAGAGAGUUUGGACCAACAAAGAGGUGUCCUACUCUCAUCUGAAGGUGUUCGAUUGCAGAGCUUUUGCACAUGUACCGAAAGAGCAUAGAACAAAACUAGAUGAUAAAUCAGUUCCUUGCGUAUUCAUCGAAUAUGGAGAUAAAGAAUUUGAGUACAGAUUGUGGGAUCCUGUAAAGAAGAAGGUCAUCAGAAGCAGAGAUGUAGUCUUUCGAGAAAGUGAAGUCAAAAUUGCUGAUGACGUAUUAGAGAAGGUCAAUGGUGUAGUCCCUAAUGUUAUUACCAUUCCUUCCACCUCUGUUCAUCCUAGAAGUGCAGAAAGUACAGCUGAUGAGGUUGCCGAGCAGGGGGAGCAACCUAAUGAUUAUGCCGAUCAGGGGGAGCAACCUGAUGCUGAGCAGGUGGAGCACCCUACUCAAGAAGAACAACAAUCUCAACCUUUGAGGAGGUCCGAGAGGCAAAGGGUAGAGUCAUCCAAGUACCCUUCCUUAGAAUAUGUCCUUAUCAAUGAUGAGGGGGAGCCAGAAAGUCUAAAGGAGGUGUUGGUCCAUCCAAAAAAGAAUCAGUGGAUGGAAGCAAUACAAGAAGAGAUGGAAUCUUUGCAGCAAAAUGGCACGUACAAGCUGGUUGAACUUCCAAAGGGUAAAAGACCACUUAAGUGCAAGUGGGUCUUUAAACUCAAGAAAGAUAGAAAUGGCAAGCUGGUCAGAUAUAAAGCUCGAUUGGUGGUAAAAGUCUUCGAACAGAAAAAAGGUAUUGAUUUUGAUGAAAUCUUCUCACCCGUUGUCAAAAUGACUUCUAUUCGAACCAUUUUGAGCUUAGCAGCUAGCCUAGAUCUUGAAGUGGAGCAGUUGGAUGUAAAAACUGCAUUUCUUCAUGGAGAUUUGGAAGAACAAAACUAUAUGGACCAGCCAAAAGGAUUUGAAGUAGAUGAAAAGAAACACAUGGUCUGUAAAAUGAAUAAAAGCCUUUAUGGAUUGAAGCAGGAACCAAGGCAGUGGUACAAGAAGUUUGACUCAUUCAUGCAAAGUCAAACCUAUAAAAGGACUUAUUCUGAUCCAUGUGUAUACUUCAAAAGAUUUUCGAACAACAACUUUAUUAUUUUGUUGUUGUAUGUGGAUUACAUGUUGAUUGUAGGACAAGACAAGGAGCUGAUUGCCAAGUUGAAGAGAGAUUUGUCCAAGUCAUUUGACAUGAAGGACUUGGGCCCAGCACAACAAAUUCUGAAGAUGAAGAUUGUUUGAGAACGAACAAGCAGAAAGUUGUGGCUAUCUCAGGAGAAGUACAUGGAAAAUGUACUCGAAUGAUUCAACAUGAAGAGUGCUAAAGUUGUUAGCACACCUCUUGCUGGUCAUCUAAAGUUAAGAAAGAAAACGUGUCCUACAACAAAGGAAGAGAAAGGAAAUAUGGCUAAUGUUCCUUAUUAUUCAGCAGGAGGGAGUUUGAUGUAUACUAUGGUGUGUACGAGACCGGAUAUUGCUCAUGCAGUUGGUGUUGUUAGCAAGUUUCUUGAAAAUCCAGGAAAGGAGCACUGGGAAGCAGUUAAAUGGAUAUUGAGGUACCUAAGAGGAACCUCAGGAGACUGUUUGUGUUUUGGUGGAGCUGGUACAAUCUUGAAGGGCUAUACAGAUGCUGAUAUGGCAGGUGAUCUUGAUAACAAAAAAUCUUCUACUGGAUUUUUGUUUACAUUUUCAGGAGGAGCUAUAUCAUGGCAGUCGAAGUUGCAGAAGUGUGUCGCAGUCUCUAAAACUGAAGCAGAGUAUAUUACAGCUACUGAAGCUGGCAAGGAGAUGGUAUGGCUGAAACGAUUUCUUCAAGAACUUGAAUUGCAGCAAAUGGAGCACGUUCUCUAUUGUGACAGCCAAAGUGCAAUAGAUUUGAGCAUGAACUCCAUGUACCAUGCAAGAACAAAACACAUUGAUGUGAGGUACCAUUGGAUUCGUGAACAAGUGGAGAACGAAUCAUUCUAUGUCAAGAAGAUUCAGACCAGUGACAAUCCUGUGGAUAUGCUGAUAAAGGUGGUUCCAAAAGACAAGUUCGAAUUGUGCAAAGAACUUGUCGGAAUGAGCUCUUUCUGAGAAGAACGAGGAUACCUCCUUCAGAUGCAUAGGACUGGAGGGGGAGAUUUGUAGUGUCCAGACCAUGUUCAUAAGCAGAAAAAUCUGGUCAAGAUUUUGUGCAUACCUAACUAUUACUUUGUCAAUUGGCCUUUGGCAAAUUGGCCUUUGGCAAUUUGGCCUUUGGCCUUUCAAGAAAGUGUAUUCAUAUGUUGGGAUUUGAUGUCAUGAAUGACAUCAAUAGAGGGUAUUUCUUGCCUAUAAAUAGAGGCAAUUUCAGCUCACUUAAUCACACCAACAAAGAGAGAAACAAAAGAAAGUGAGGCAUCACAGAGAGUUUAGUCCGUGAGGAAAAAUAAAGAGUGUGAGCGAUAUUGUAGUGAGGUGGAAAAAUCAAAAGAGAGAUUUCUUUUGAGUGUGCAGUAGUCACUUUGAGUAUUGUACUUGUGAUUACGGUGUGAAAUUUCUUAUUACAGAGAUAUCAGUAGCUCCUCUUGGCCCGUGGUUUUUCCCUCAUUGGGUUUCCACGUAAAAAUCUUGGUGUCACUAUCGCUCUUAUUGGUCUUGUUAUUUUCUUGUAUUAAUGUUGCCAUAAUUUUUGUUCUUUAUUACCGCAAUAUUAUUAACGUGGCGGGAUUUAUUCCCAACACAAGUUGCAUUCAGAAAUCAAAAAAGCCUACCCAGAUAUUAAGAUAAUCUUCAACUGUGAUGGUUCUUCCAAACUACUGGAUCACCCGGCUGAUUUAUAUGAUUUUCAUCUUUGUGCAAGUGCAAAUGAUGUGUUUUCUAAUGCCAGCCGUUUCAAUGGUGCGUCGUGCAGUGGACCAAAUGCUUUUAUUAGUGAGUAUGCUACUAAAGAUGAUGCUGGAAACGGUAAUCUGUUAGCAGCACUUGCUGAAGCUGGAUUCCUUAUCGGAGUAGAAAAAACAGUGAUGUAAUCGAAAUGGCAAGUUAUGCACCCCUAUUUGUUAACAACAACAACCGGAGGUAUGUUUGGUAUUUUUUCUUCUUCUACUCUCGUUCUCUUUUUCUUCAAAACUGAAUCAUCUCUGCGAAAUGAGUCUCGUUUGUUUAGGUGGACACCAGACACUAUUGUUUUCACUACUUCACAGGUGUAUGGAACCCCUAGUUACUGGAUGCAGCACUUCUUCAAAGAGUCAAAUGGUGCAACUCUUCUAGACUCAACACUCCAAGAUAAUAAUCUUUCGAAUUCACUAAUAGCAUCUGCCAUCAAAUGGUGAAAUGAGACUGAUGGCAAUGACUACAUAAGAAUAAAGGUGGAGAUUUUCUUGACGUUUAUCAUUAGCGCCUUUCAUGACUUACAUUUUCUUGAUUCAUACUUCAUUUAGAACUCUAUGAACAAACUAGAUGAACCAACCAACUAGAUUGCUCUUUGUUUUAUACGUUAUAGUGCUCGGUUAUUGCUGCUGUUCCUUUUGCAGAUACACAACUUAGCCUCCAUCUGUCAAAGAUCCCGGACCUCACUUGUGGGAUUACAGUGAGUGAUGUUGUUGUUAUCGUUGACUCAUUUUGUAGGUUGUGAACUUUGGGAACAACACAGUCACACUUAAUAUCUCUAUCAGUGGAUUGGAGAACUCACUGUUGCAGUCAUCUGGGGUGAAAGAAUGUAAGAGAGAUUGUAUGGAAAGUUUUCUCUAUUUCCCUUGUGUUCAAUGUACAUAAUCCUACCACUAUUUAUACAUGUAUAUGCUGAAAAAAGAAAUGUAAUAACAGAAUAAAUGAAUUGGAAAAGUAGCAGCAAGUCCACAUGGGUUGGUGCAGAUUUUCCAGCUUGCACGUGUGCAGAUUUUCUAGUAUUACAGCUUGUAUGUGCAGUAGCAGCAAGUCCACAUGUGUUGGUGCAGAUUUUCUAGUAUUACAGCUUGUAUGUGCAGAUUUUUCAGCUAGAGCAUGUGCAGAUUUUUCCACUUUUACAGCUUGUAUUGACAAUUGUAUAUUGCAUCUUCAGUGUGAGAUCUAGAUCUUUUGAGCUGCAGAUGUUGUGAGCUGAAGGAUUCCUUUCUUCUCCCUCUUAUCUUCAGUUAUUACCUUAUCUCCAACAUGGGGCAACAAAAACUAUAUUAACAUCUAGCAACGAGAUGGAUGACUCAUCGACAAAAACUAUAUUAACAUCUAGCAAUGUGAUAGAUGAGAAUUCUUUCACAGAUCCUAAAAAGAUUGCACCAGUUAAGACAAUGCUCGAUAAAGUUGGCAAAAACAUGGAUGUUGUACUCUUACCAUAUUCUAUCACUUUAAUUGAUUUGUUUACCAUGUUCUAUCCCUUCAAUUGAUUUGUUAAGAAUAUCCAUCAGCACUAGUACCGUAACAAUUGCUCCAGACAUUGAAUCUUCAUUCUAAAAAUCUAUUAUCGACGAAAAUGCCUGUAAUGAAUGAAUAGUAUCACUUUUAUUUUGUUUUCAUGGUUCUUUA